CCACACCCACUCGCCUGGUUCUAUGGCCGCAGUCCGGGAGUGGUCCUGUACCCGGUGCACAUUCCUGAACCCCGCCGGCCAACGCCAGUGCUCCAUCUGCGAGGCCCCCCGACAGAAGCCCGACCUCAACCACAUCCUGCGGCUCAGCGUGGAAGAGCAGAAAUGGCCCUGUGCCCGCUGCACCUUCAGAAACUUUCUUGGCAAAGAGGCCUGCGAGGUGUGUGGCUUUACUCCAGACCCUCUGCCAGGGACAUCCCCUCUGCCCAUCAUCAAUGGGGUACUCCCUAAGCCCCCCACCAUCUUAGUGGAGCCCAAAGGGAGCUGCAAAGAGGAGGCGGCGCUGAAGGUGGAGGCCGGGGAAUCGGGAACCAAGAGCCCCAAGGAAGCGGAGCCAGAGAGCGGGUGGGCCUGCCAGCGAUGCACCCUCCACAACACUCCCGUCGCCAACUCCUGCUCUGCCUGUGGGGGCCCUCGAAAGCUCUCGCUGCCCAAGAUCCCCCCGGAGGCCCUGGUGGUCCCUGAGGUCAUCACCCCUGCCGGCUUCCACGUGGCUCCUUCCACUCCACAACCCAGCUUGCCCCCAGAUCUUCCCGAGGUUGACUCCACCUCAGCUACCCCAGAUCCCUCCGCUCCGGAGCAAGAGCUCCCCAAAAUGCCAUCGUUCAGUCCUUUUUCCCCCACCCUGCAGAACAACCCAGUCCCUAGAAGCCGCCGGGAGGUACCUCCCCAGCUACAGCCGCCGGUGCCUGAGGCUUCCCAGCCCACAACGACCCCCCCCGGACCCAAGGGCUCCCCCCAGGGGCAGGGCCGAGCACCUGCCGCCGCCCGCUUCCAAGAAAUCCUAGCCAGCAAGCGGCUGAGCGUGCUGGAGGAGGAGGCAGAAGCCAGCUCCCCUCUGUGGAGGUGCAGCUCCUGCUCCCUGGCUAAUCCGUGCGGCACCUCGAGGUGUGAGAACUGCGGCGCCCCCCAAGGCAGCGACGUCAUUGACCUCACUGGGGACACCGUCCGCUUCACCCCCGCCAGCCCCUCCAGCCCUGACUUCACCACCUGGUCGUGCGCCAGAUGCACCCUCAAGAACCCCACCGUGGCCCAGAAGUGCAAAGUGUGCGGCUCAUCCAAGCUGCACGGCUUCCAGGAGCACGGCGGUGGGGCCGCCCCGGGGGAGCCCGCCACCCGCUGCCCAGACUGCAGCGCCGACAAGCCCGGGGACUGCUGCUGCGGCCGGGCCCCCUCGGCCCGCAAGGCCGCCCGUCUCUUCCCCUCGCCGCCCGCCGCGCUGUCCGAGUGGGCCUGCCCGGCCUGCACCCUGCUUAAUGAGCUGAAGGCCAAGAACUGUGCCGCCUGCCACACUCCGCAGGGCUGCGUGGCCCAGCGCAAAGGAGCCAGGCCGCUGACGCGCAGGGAGAGCAUGCACGUGGAGAAGCGGAGGCAGACCGAUGAAGGCGAGGCCAAGGCCCUGUGGGAGAACAUCGUGAGCUUCUGCCGGGAGAACAAAGUUAACUUUGUGGAUGACAGCUUCCCCCCUGGUCCUGAGUCUGUGGGCUUCCCUGAAGGAGACAGUGUCCAACAGAGGGUAAAACAGUGGUUACGACCUCAUGAAAUCAACUGUAGCAUUUUCAAAGAACAGACAGUUGGUUGGUCAGUGUUCCGGACACCCCGGCCCUCCGACAUUCUGCAAGGACUCCUAGGAAACUGCUGGUUCCUCAGUGCCCUGGCAGUGUUGGCUGAGCGCCCGGAGCUGGUGGAACGGGUGAUGAUCACCCGUACUCUCUGUCCAGAAGGGGCAUACCAGGUCCGGCUGUGCAAGGAUGGCACAUGGACCACAGUGCUGGUUGAUGACAUGCUGCCCUGUGACGAGUGUGGGUACCUUCUCUUCUCUCAGGCCCAGCGGAAACAGCUGUGGGUUGCUCUCAUGGAGAAGGCUCUGGCCAAGCUGCAUGGUUCGUACUUUGCCCUCCAGGCUGGGCGUGCCAUCGAAGGCCUGGCCACACUCACUGGUGCCCCCUGCGAGAGUCUGAUGCUGCAGGUCAGCUCCACUAACCCCCGGGAGGAGCCCAUUGACACUGACCUCAUCUGGGCCAAAAUGCUGAGUUCUAAGGAGGCUGGGUUCCUUAUGGGUGCUUCUUGCGGAGGAGGCAACAUGAAGGUGGACGACGCAGCCUACGAGAGCAUGGGCCUACGUCCCCGCCAUGCCUACUCCAUUCUGGAUGUCCGGGAUGUCCAGGGCUUCAGGCUCCUCCGACUUCGGAACCCUUGGGGACGAUUCUCCUGGAAUGGCAACUGGUCAGAUGAGUGGCCUCACUGGCCUGGGCACUUGCGCCAUGAACUGAUGCCCCAUGGCAGCAGUGAGGGGGUCUUCUGGAUGGAGUACAAUGACUUCAUGAGGUACUUUGAUUCUGUUGAUAUUUGCAAAAUCCACUCAGACUGGCAUGAAGUGCGGGUGCAGGGUGCCUUCCCCAAUAAGGCAAGCGGGCCCAUCAUGGUGACCUCCCUGACUGUGCUAGAACGAGCCACCCUGGAGUUUGCUCUCUUCCAGGAGGGGAGCAGACGGUCAGACACCGUUGACAGCCAUCUCCUGGACCUUUGCAUCAUGGUGUUCCGAGCGACCUUCAGCAGUGGGAAUAAGCUGAGCCUGGGCCGACUCCUGGCCCACAGUAAGCGAGCGGUGAAGAAGUUUGUGAACUGCGACGUGAUGCUGGAGCCGGGGGAGUAUGCAGUCGUGUGCUGUGCCUUCAACCACUGGAGCCCCACCACAACAGCUCAGGUUUCCAGCCCCACAGGAGGAGUAGGGCGCUCUGCCCCAGAGCCUCCUGGGCACAUAUUGGCUAUCUACAGCUCGAGACUGGUCAUGGUGGAACAGAUCGAAGCCCAGCCCACCACUCUGGCCGACGCCAUCAUCCUCCUGACCGAGAACAAGGGUGAGAGGCAUGAGGGCCGGGAGGGCAUGACCUGCUACUACCUGACACACGGCUGGGCAGGCCUGAUCGUGGUCGUAGAGAACCGGCAUCCCAAGUCCUAUCUGCACGUGCAGUGUGACUGUACCGACAGCUUCAAUGUAGUCUCUACUCGAGGCAGCCUCAAGACCCAGGACAGCGUGCCCCCCCUGCACAGGCAGGUGCUGGUGAUCCUAUCUCAGCUGGAGGGAAAUGCGGGCUUCUCCAUCACACACCGCCUGGCUCAUCGAAAGGCUGCCCAGGCCUUCCUCAACGAUUGGAUGUCCACCAAAGGGACCCACAAUCCUCAUCUCACAGCUGAGGUGGCUGGGCUCCAUGGACCCCGGCCCCUAUGACCCACGUUCUGCCCUUCCAGGGCACCCCACUCCCCCCGCCCAUCUCCUUGCUUCAUGCCUUCUGUUUGGGUUCCCAGCCCCUUCUGCUCCUCACUGCAGCAGAACCCAUUGAUCUCCCGACCUCUGUCGGCUCCCAUUCCCUCACCCACAGUCACACCUUCUUCUUGAUUACUCUAAGGGUUCUUCUGGAGUCUCUGCCUUGGAGCCAGCACACCUGAAGUGAAGAGAAGGCCCAGGCCCUGGCUGUCUGUCUUGGGUCUGCCCUAGGGCUGAUCGAGAGAGAUCAGACCAGGUUUGGGAUUGCUAUCACUUCCCCUCCCCCUAGUUGCAUGCACUUUAUAAGGGAGACUUGGAGGAUGUAGGGGGCAGGGACUUAACAAUGCUUGAACCUUAGAAAUCUCAGGAUCCCCACCCAAGGGACACAGACCUGUAGCCUGAAGUGGGCAUUACCAACCUCCUGAUUAUGACAUCCUCCUUUUUACCGAGUGGAGAGCUGAAUGGUGGCUGCCCAGAGGUGGGACAUGGUGGUGAGCCCGCAUGGUCCAGGACCCAGCCAUGGCAUCCGCUUCUUGCAAAACUAAAUACCUCUAAAGAAGACACUGGUUGUCUCCACUGUGGCCAGUCCCCUGGGAAGCUGCUAGAGAUCUAGCUGAGUGGAGAAAAAAGGCUAUGAGGGCUGGGGUUCAAGGGUGGGUUGGAGGAGAUAUCCCUCUGAGCCCCUUUUCUGGUUUCUUCUGUCACGGGAAUUUGGGGGCCUUCCCCUGGAAAAUUUUAGCCAGGAUCUCAACCACAAAACCAAAAUACUCCUGGGGGCAGGAUUGGAAGUAUUUCAGUGUUUUUGGAAGGAAGGCUUCCAUCAGAGGUCCCUGGCUCAGAGCUUUCAGGUCUAAGCUCAUCUCUUCCUUCCCCUUCCCUGAUUCAUCUCCUUUCAGGGAUACAGCAGCCAUCUCUCUCUCCCCAUUUCCUAACCUCACCCCCCGGGUAAUGGGGACCUACUACCCCAGUUGAAGGGACUAAAGUCCUGAAGGCAGCUGGGUACCCCCUGGCUUUUUACCUGCUCUGUGGGGAGGGUUUGUCAGCAGCUGAGCAGGAAGACAGGUGAGGCCCAGAAGGAUGUUGUAAAACAGAAUGAAGUGAUGUCUAAAGGAGAUGGAAAUAAAAGUGGGGAGUCCAAAGGCCUGGAUUCAAACAGAAGGUCCUUUCUUGCCUCUCCUCAUGAGCCCUUCCCUUCCCACCCCCACUAAUGAUACUAUGCAACUCCUGGAGAGAGCAGUGCUAGGAUAGAAGCCAUGACCCUGAGGAUGGAGAGACAGAGAUCGAACCCAGGGCUGCCCUGGGGUGGGAAGAGGCUGCCGUGGCAGGGAAUUUCACUUAGGCCCCUUCGUGGUCAUUUAUUCUAUGUCCAGCUAGGCCUAGGAUAGGGGUGGGAGGGAAAAUAUCCGUAAGAUCCCCAAGUGGCCGUGUUGCCAAACGGGAAUCUUCAUUUUUCAUGGAAUUCCUUCUCAAACCUUUAGACGAACCCUUCUGCCUGUGAGGCCAGGGUGUCAGGGUUGACCAGGUUGUUCUGAACCCCUGGCGAAAGGGGUGGGAUAGAGUAGGAGGUCUGCCUCACCUGGGGAGGGGGCCAGUAGGCUCACUUCUCUGGCCGCAGAGGCUCUUGAUGUGACAGAUAUCUGUUCCCAGUUAAGUUCCAACCCCUCCCAGGCUCUCCCCCGCUGCCCAAGGCUACAGCCACUUGGGCUAGGCUUGUCUCCAGCUCAGAACAACCUGCCACCCCAGACUAUCGGCCAUCUUAGCCCCAACCCUCACUCGGGCUCCUGGAAGGUGUGGAGGGCCCUAGAACCUGUCUCCCUUUUGGAACCACAAAACCAGGUAGGGUGUUCCCCCCCCCCCCCCCAGGUGCCCCAAGGUUUGAAGUUUUGUACUAAGUAAAACAGGCACUUAGGAAACCCAGGAUUCCUCCCCUCCGUGACUCCUUAGGUGCUACGUUUUUAAACCCAGGGCCCUCUCUGCGAGUCGUACCCCCAGCAGCAGGGGGAAGGGGAGGGCCAGUUGGAGUCAUUGUUCCCACUUGGCUCUGGCUCCAGCUGAGACCAGCCAGCUUGCCGUCCAUUUGGGCAGCCUGGCUCAGCAAAGACUUCGGAAUAAUAAUUCAGGUUUCAGAAAAGUACUCAAUAGAAGCAUGUCACAGUGUAGCGUAGCUCACAACUCGCAUUUGGAUAUCCCCCAGGUCAAAUGACAUCCUCCAGACCCAGCAGCUCCCAGCAGCCACCCCCAGUGCCAGGCAGUUCGCCUAGUACACGUUAGUCUUGUCCCCAGCAUCCCUUUUGCAGAGGGCCUUUUGCUAUCAUUAAGUUACCAAAUCCCCUCUCAUAUUCCCAAGCCCCAGCUCUUUUUUCGGAAGCCCAGGGUGAAAAAUCCAGCCUCCGGGGUGGGAGUGGGGAUAGUCUCAGCCUUGGGGCCCAAGUGGCUGGUAGAGCCCCAGCGAUUGCUUUCCCCACCACCUUCCCUAUCCCUGCCCCCCACUGAUGUACCCCUUUCCCCCAGCAUUCCCCAUGCCCCCACCACCAGAGUGGGGGCGGCCGGGGGAUGUUUAAUUCUUUGGUGUCUGUUUUGUGAAUGUCUGAGCCCGGGCUCCCUGCAGGAGGGAGGAAUGGGAAGGAGGCUCCCCAGUCCUUGGCCCUCCUGCAGGACCCCACCUCUGCACUGCCUCAUCAGACCUGCUGCCCCCCCUCCCCUGGCAGCGGGGAGCCAAGCUCAUCCAGCCCUUUGUUUCUGUGGUUCCCUUUUUUUAAAAAAAAAAUCUGUCAAAAAAUACCUAAAACACUAUAAUCUUCCCUUCUUUUUAUUUCCUUUUAUUCUCUUUGAGCUGUGAAUAUUUUUAACCCUGUAAAUACUGUCCAGCUCUUAUGAAACAUAGGCUAUUUUAUCAAUUGUAAAUCAGAACUGUAAUCCCUGUAUGAUACGAAUUCUCCAUGGGUGGUUUUCAGACUCAGGCUCCAAUGGACCAAAUAAAAAGUUUUGUUUUUUAAUGAA